UUGCGCCCGCUCAGUGUGCCGCGAGCCGCCGCGAGUGGAGUAGUGUGUGACGCCGCCGCUCUUGUCCGCUCUCUGGCUUUCUCUUGGAUCGCACUGCGACUGCUUCACUUCACAGCUUUUCUAGAUACACCACUUCUCUCUUCAGAGCUAAGUACUCCCUGUUUUGAAAACGAAUCCCCAGAAAGCAUUGUAGGUUUCUUAUUAAUAGAAAAAUCAAACUUGUGUUCAACAGAAGCAGUAGUGUUUGUUGUGUACAAGGCAGUGAAUGACUACCGUCCGUCUCCCAAAGCGCCUGGACAAAGCUGAGAGCACAAGCGCCUCGUCUGCUUGACAUGUCAGCUGGUUUGCUUUAAUGACAGCUAUAAAAACUGCUUUUGGUUUAUAUAAGAAAGAUGUGUGAAUAACUGAUUUAGUUAUUCAGGAAAGAUAAAAAGACAUUCAGUUCGUUCAAUUGUGACACACCUGUGAACCUUGCAGCGAGUGUGGUCAGAGAGGCAGCAUCAUUUGGUGACGUACAUGACGGUCUAGGUGUGAUGACCACGGUUUGUGUGCUGCCUGAAGAUGGGUGUUUUGUGUUUCUUCAAGCAGAAGUAUUUAGGAUCAGCAAGAAAACUUGUUAACAUGUAAGUGGAAAAGGAGCAAUGAAUAUAAGCUGAUUGAAUAAGAAAUACACUCGAGUGAUCAUUACAUUCUAACGAUUACCAUGGUGUGAACAAAUUCACAAGAAGAAAACAUAUGUUCAACAAAAAACAAUAGGCAAGCAGAGUGCCUGUGCUGGUGAUGGUUAAAAAAAGACCCAGGUGGUGGGGAUAAGCUUUAGAUCAGUGGCAUUAAGGGUCAGAUUUUUUUCCCCACGAAAUCUCAUCACCGCGUCCCAUUCAAAAGGGAAGAGAACCUCAAACUCUGGAACUAGAAACGAGAGAUCCUUUCCUCAGACAGUCCUCCACGUCCUCCUCUUCCACCACAGUGCAAAGCCGCCGGGACCGUUUGCCUCCUUCCAAGUGGUGUAAUUUCUGAAAUCUGAACUAGUCUGGUGGAGUUGCAGGGAGAUUUGGGGAUCCAUGAGAACGGUCGCCUAAAGUUUUCCAGAAAUUAGAUUCUCCAGUUUUACUCGCUAACUUUCAGAAAAUUAUAACCCGUCUUUUUCAAGCUGGGCCUUUUAUCGGUGUGUUCUCAAUUUACGGCGGUCGUUUAUCACUGUGCCUAAUAGCGGCCAGAGCGUCUGUGUGGAGGGAAGGAUAUUCACGUUUGAAUGUAUAUACUGGGAAGUUUAUUUCGGAGCGAGUGAUUCUCGUGCUUUCGCCUGUUAUGUGAAUUUGGAGAGUGGUGAAAUUACUAGUGGAAGCUUAUGUUAUACAAAAGAUGUAUAAUUAAAGACAAUUUCAUUUGGAAAGAGUUACAUCUCACUGUAUGCUGUCCAGAAACCCAUGCCAAAGAUUUCUUCGCAAGCAGUAAAUCAUCAGAGCUGCAGGGAGUGAACACUCUCGGUCUGUGACCCCCAUCUCAUCUAAUAAUCAGAGCUACGCUGGUUACACUCGGCCCUAUUCCCUCCUGUCGUGUUCUUCCUCUGCCGCACACCCACAUAACAAAUGAAAGGCGCUAGCCGUGAAGCCGUGUGGUGGCCAGGAGAAGGAACGGGGACCUUGGGUAUGACCGGCAAGAUGACAACAGCAGUGCUGUUAGUCACACUGUUGUGCUUGCCGCACGCCCCCGCCACGGCCAGGAUCGAGGACCGAGCCUUUUGGUACUCACAGGCUAAGGGACACAUCCAGGACAUUCUGGCUGCUAGACGCGCCUCCAACGGCUAUGCUAAGAACGUCAUACUGUUCGUGGGUGAUGGCAUGGGCAUCUCCACCGUCACCGCCGGCCGCAUUCUGAAAGGACAGCGGGAGGGGCAGAGCGGCGAGGAAUACCGCCUCUCCUUUGAAAAGUUCCCCUACGUGGCACUGGCAAAGACAUACAAUAUCGACGCCCAGAUCGGAGAUUCGUCUGCAUGCGCCACGGCUCUCAUGUGUGGCGUGAAGGCCAAUGUCAACACACUGGGUCUCGACCACCGGGGCAAGUUUGAGGACUGCAUGUCUUCCUAUACCGCUGGAGUCACUUCCAUCAUUGACUGGGCACAGAAUCAUGGCAAGAGCACUGGGAUCGUCACCAACACACGCAUCACGCACGGCACGCCUUCCGCCCUCUACGCUCGCAGCCCCUCUAGGUACUGGGAGGACGACGCCAAGAUCCCUGACCACUCCCACGCCUCCUGCAAGGACAUCGCGCGCCAGUUAGUGGAGGACGAUCCAGGGAAGAACAUUAACGUGCUGAUGGGCGGCGGUAGGCGCCACUGGCUGCCCCUCACUGAUUUUGACAGGGAGGAGAGGAACCAGAGGGGACGCAGGACUGACGGCAGAAACCUUCUCGACGACUGGGUGCGAGACAAGAAGGCACGUGACCUUAACGCAGAGUAUGUGUGGAACAAAGCACAGUUCGACAAGGUGGAUCCAAGACACACCGACUACCUGCUGGGUAUCUUCGGUUACUCCCACCUUGACUUCGAGGUGGAUCGCAACAAGGGUCCUCUGGGUGAUCCUUCCCUGGUGGAGAUGACUGUCAAGGCCAUCCAGAUUCUGAGGAAGAACCCACGCGGCUUUUUCCUCAUGGUUGAAGCGGGACGGAUGGACCACGCGCACCACUACAACAUAGCGGCGCGAGCCCUGGAUGAAGUGGUGCGUCUGGAUGAGUGUGUGCAAGCUGCCAUGAAGCUCACCAGCCCCUCCAACACGCUGCUGGUGGUGACGGCUGAUCACUCUCACACUAUAACCUUUGGUGGUGCCUCAGUGCCCCGGGGAAAUCCAGUCCUCGGUCUUGACACCGAGAUCAGUGACUUGGAUGGCAAGCCCUAUACGACGCUCCUCUAUGGUAACGGCCCAGGCUACGCCCAGACUACACCCACCGGCCGCCACGACCUGACCGGAUUCAACACUCAGGACAUCAACUUUGUUCAGCAGGCGGCGGUGCCCAGGAAGUACGAGACGCACGGCGGAGAGGACGUGCCGGUGUAUGCCAUUGGUCCUGGAUCACACCUUUUCUCCGGGACGGUGGAGCAGACCUAUAUAGCACACGCCAUUGCUCACGCCGCCUGCAUCGCUGAGGACAACAGUCACUGUGAGAAACCUUUCGGUGAUGACGCUUGUGCCGCUGCCCCAGGUCCAGCCCCAGCCCCGACCUCCCGACGUCCACUUGGCCAAGUUCCACCCACAGUGGAGGAAGAUAAACAGCAAGCACGGGACCCAUGGGCGUGGAGCACGGGAACACGGGCGUGGACAUGGACUGCCUAUCAAGCGCUGACGUUGCUGAUGCUCCCUGUUGUGCUGGUGCUGCGCUGAGCCCCGCUUGGCUGCACACACUCAGGAAGGGAUCCUCCGCUCCCCGUGUUCGCCACACUGCGAGGACAGGAAGGAGAGUGUGGAUCCCGAAGCGAGACUCUAUGUCCUCACUUUCACCGUACCUCCAUGUGACAGCGAAAAUGCUUCACACGCCAUGUUGAAAAAUUGUAUAAUAGGUUUUACUCGAGCUUUAUCAGGAUGCACAUGAAGGGUGGAUCCUGCUGCGUGACGGCCGGGCCGGCGCUCCGGUGCCACUGUGCCUGUGUCGUCUGACUCUGCGACUCAGACCCUAAUGUGUCCCCGAGUCCUCACCAGGCUAGCGAGGAUGAGGGUUUUUAGCGCUGACUGAUUUAUAAAGUGUGAGUUAGUUGACGAUAUAGCGAUCAUUUACAGGUAUAUUUUUCCCCAGUAUUAUUUUCACUUGAAUUCUACCUCUCUGCUUUGAAGCGGUGGUUGUAAGGAAAAGCGUUGACAAUCAGUGAAUGAAAAAAAAGUAGAAGUGACGCGAUCAAGGGUGAAGAGAAAAGAUAACUCGAGAACGGUGACAGAUGAGUAACAGUGCAGACGGUAAAAUACACGAGGCUUGCCGCUCCCGCAGCUGCCUUGAAAGCCCUGCCUGCCUGCUGUGCUAGGACCGAUGUUUUCAAGAAAUAGUGGACUGUGUAUCUAUUCUAAUUAUGUUUGCUUACAAAUCACAUGAUUUGAAAUAUUCAUGUUGUUGGGACUUCGAUAAAACUAGUGAAAAUUAACAACAGAUGCCUUCGUCAUUAGAUUUAACAAAGUAGUCACGUUAGGAUAUCUGUUUGUGUGUCAGUAUUGAACACACGCUAAUGUUGAUUCUCUAUUGAACGAGCGUGUGGUAUGUAUACUUAAUUAUCAGUGUUCCUUAUAUCAUUCAUCAUACUCAGACUCCAUAAUUGUGUGAUGAGUUACAAGACAUACGUUCACCCCCAGAGGAGCGAGUAUUGGGGGAUCUACUCCUAUUUGCACCUUAUUUCAGGACUGCUGAUUGUCUCCCUGCGUCCACGGCCCCUUUUGAUGAGUUUGUGUCAAGAUGAAGCAUGGACCUCAGGCAUGCAGGACCAAACCAUUUGUUGUGUUGAUAUUGGGAAGCACCGUCAGGUAAAAGAUGCUCUUCGUUUAAAGUUAUAUUAUUCUUAUUCUGCUUUAUACUUCAAAUUGGGAUAUUACUUCAUCCAUUACCGAAGACGGUGUCGAAGAAAAAGCGAUGCACACAGCAAAUGUUACAUUUAGUUGAAGUAUUCAGGUUUAACUCACCAUUGUCGUAAAGUCUGAGUAGAGUAAAUAAUAAUAGUAAUAAUAAUUAUUAUAACAUUAAUAAUAAUGCUAAUGAAAACAAAAAAGAGUAGGCUGGCCAAGGGUCGCGAGAGAGCUGCUGGGCAAGUCCUUUUCACUCUACCCUUCUGACCUCACUGGUGAGCUACUUGUAUUUUGUGUUGCGUUUUUGUUUGGCGUCUGUAAGGUACUGUGAAGUACUGAUAGGGAUGCACCAUCGAUAGCAGGGAUUGACAGGAUGUCCAGUGUCAGAACGCAGUAAUCCGGAGCAGUAUUCAGGAGAGGCACAGGAUUGGUCAUGGCGUCUUAGACAAUUUUCAUUGUAUUUUCGUUAUUUUCACUCCGCACGUAUAUCUCAGCUGUUUUCAUCAUUAAAGAUGUCACGAUUCUGCAAUACAGAUUCUUAUACGACCUACCCAUCCUUGCCGAUUAAGAUCUGCUUGUGCGGAACAAUGAAGAAUAUAAUUAAACGAACUUGUCUGUAAAUCUUUCUUACCUCCUAUGUAUUUGGCCAGUGUAUGUGCAAUCUAUUUCUCAUGGAAAGGUUCCAGUCCUUUCAGGUGGCAAUAGAGGAUGAUGCACUAUCUUCCCACGCAAGCGACACCAGAUGUCAGUACACUGUUUCUCUAAGUGGUGCCUUUUCCUCAGUUUGUACAUUUUACAGUAGCUGUCUUGGGUGCCGAGCUACAGCUGAGCUUGACCAUGAGAAGACAAGGCAGUAUUGUCUCCAUUAAUGGUAUUUGACUUGUAACAAAUUUAACGGUAGAAAACUUCUACAGUUAUAAUGUGUUCUCGUGAAAGUGUUUUUAAUUAGUAAUUUUCAUCACAUUCGAUUUAAGUUAAAUGAACUGUUAACAUAUGUAUUAGCUAAAAGAUUAAAUUUAAAGAUGUUGAUUUUUAAACAGACAAAUAAUCUUAAUGCUUGUUCAUAAGAAAAAUGUUUUGUUAUGACACCCAAACAAAAUAUCUUGACUUAAAAGUAAUUGAUAAAUAAAUAGAUAAAGUAAAUGAAUAAACAAACAAAUAGAUAAGAUAAUCAAGAACGUGAUGAGGAAAGAGAGUACUCUAAUACGUUCUCUUCAAAUGAAAAUACAUAAUGAAGAUUGAGCCAUUUGAGAUCAAUAGUACGUCAAGAAAUUCAUUCUUCAUCUGUAAUUAGUGCAAAUAUGGAUACAGUAUUUUUUUACAAAUUGUAUAUAACUCCAGAAGAUUAAGAUUCUCUGCUUCUUAUCAAAGUAAUUUCUUAUCACUAAAAUCAUCAUUUUAUUCACAUUGCUUACAUGAAGUUCAUAUAUACAUCCAAUAGUAUUUUCAACAAGUAAUGUUUAGGAUUCAUUUGUCUGAUUUUGCUGUCAAAAUUGUUUUUACGUUUAUGAAACGUACAUCAUUACGCUCGACUUAAAUCACGUUUUCUUCUUAAAUUUUGCCAGAACACACGCACACAGCACUCACAAGCAACGAAGCAACGAGUCAGUGUGUGUGUGUGUGUGUGUGUGUGUGUGUGUGUGUGCGUUAAUGAGUGAGUGAGGAGCGCAGGGAAGGUCUUUAAAGGUCCUUCGCACCCCUGAUGGUGUUCCUGCCUCACCAUGUGCACAAGAAAGAGGUGAGCUAUUACGCAUUUUCUGUAAAUACGUAAGAAAAUUAUAAUUUGUAUCCAUACAUAACAUUUUUCUUGAGAUUACUGUCGUUUUUUGCACAUUGGUUUUCAAAUCACCUUCUCUGUCACGAAUAUUUUGGUUCCGAAGUACAAACAUGAAUCUUGUGUUCCAGUUUCCGUUCGUCCGGCGUCACAACGUGAAUCUUUGGUUAUCCUUGUAACCCAGACAGUUCUCAACACUAUGUAGCAGUCAUUAUUAAAUGAUCGGUAACAAU